AUGUUACGGAACCUCGGCGGUCUUGUGGAGGACAAGGUCCUGACCAUCCUGAACAAAGUACGGGAGGAGUGCAAGACGCACAAGGAGGACAUCAAGCAAGAUUUAGAUGACCUCGCCACUGGCUACAUCUCGUACAAUAGCGCGGGUCGUCGCGAACAUGACCUGCGGCUGGGGCUCAUCGUCGAGUCCUGUGGAUCCCGGCCGGCUCUGGAAGGGCAGACAUGUUGGCGAAGAAGUUUCUCGUUGCCACGGAAAACCUUCACCAAGCGUCUGCUGCAGGAGCUCGCCAAACGCAACCCCACCGCGGCGGCCUACCUGAUGAUGUCCAUGCCAGAGGUGUACGGGCCACAUUCCGAUGAGUUCCCCCCGCUGUUCGCCACUACCAACUAUCAAGUGGUCGUUCACUCCGACCCGUCGGACGACGGCGUAGCCGGCGAGCUGAACCCGCACACAGGCCGCGCCACAUGGAAGCUGACCCCCAAGGAGGAGCUUCCGGAGGAGCUUCCGGAGGAGCCUCAAGCCCGCAAGCCAUGCACGCAAUGGGUGGCAGGCUACGCCGCCGCUCCGCCAACCGUCGUCGGCGAGUGGAUAUUUGCGCUGCCAGAGCAAGGCUUCUACUUGGUGCUGCAACACGGGGAUCUCACGGGAGGGCCAUAUCCAGAAGGCCUACGCAUCCACACACGGGCCCUUGCCGCGUCCUUCAGACAAAAGAAAUGGGCUGAAUACGUCAGUGCUCGACUGCUGGAUGGAGAUACUGAAAAAGAGGCGACGGAUGCGGCUAAAAGGGCGGGGAUCCGAUUGACAGGUUCCGAGGAGGACGCAUCCGAGACGGUAACAUGGCUUAGCCAGAGUGUGCGGCUGCAGACCAUCCGCCGGGCCGAGUCACUCACUAGGCAAGUGUGGCCCCGCGAAGUUGUGAUCGGCACAAAACAGUGCCCUGGGAAGCGCGAAGCUACCAUGCGUAGGAUUACGGCUGAACGCCUCUAA